AUGGCAGAAUUAGAUCCAUCUAAGAAAGUAGCUGAUAGGUAUCUCAAACGUGAGGUCCUUGGUGAAGGUACCUAUGGUGUCGUUUACAAAGCCAUUGAUACCCAGACAGGACAGACGGUUGCAAUUAAGAAGAUUAGGAUUGGCAAGCAGAAAGAAGGGGUGAAUUUUACAGCUCUUAGAGAAAUCAAAUUGCUUAAAGAGCUCAAUGAUCCAAAUAUAAUUGAGUUGAUUGAUUGCUUCCCACAUAAAGGGAAUUUGCAUCUUGUGUUUGAAUUCAUGGAGACAGACCUUGAAGCUGUCAUAAGAGACCGAAAUAUUUUCCUUUCACCGGGUGAUAUCAAAUCUUACCUUCAAAUGACGUUUAAAGGUCUUGCUCAUUGUCACAAAAAAUGGAUAUUGCAUAGGGAUAUGAAACCUAAUAAUUUGUUGAUAGGACCUAAUGGACAGCUGAAACUUGCUGAUUUUGGUUUAGCACGAAUAUUUGGGAGCCCGGAUCGCAGGUUCACUCAUCAGGUGUUUGCACGGUGGUAUAGAGCACCUGAGCUAUUAUUUGGUACGAAGCAGUAUGGUCCAGGAGUAGAUGUUUGGGCUGCAGCCUGUAUAUUUGCUGAACUUCUUCUUCGUCGACCAUUUUUGCAGGGUUCAAGUGAUAUGGACCAAUUAGGAAAGAUUUUUGCAGCAUUUGGAACUCCAUCUCCUUCUCAGUGGUCUGAUAUGGUAUACCUUCCUGAUUAUGUUGAAUAUCAAUAUGUGCCUGCCCCUCCUCUGCGUUCUUUAUUUCCAAUGGCAAGUGAUGAUGCUUUAGACUUGUUGUCUAAGAUGUUUACAUAUGACCCGAAGGAACGAAUUUCAGUGCAGCAGGCAUUAGAACACAGAUACUUUACCUGUCCUCCUCCGCCCACAGAUCCAGAGAAGCUUCCAAGACCUGCCCCUAAGAAGGAAAUCAAGGAAUCAGAUUUGAAUCCACGUGAGGGGCCCACAGUCUUAUCACCUCCUAGAAAGACUAGGAGAGUAAUGCCAGGGCGUGAUGGACUUGAAGGAAGUUCAUUGCAAGGAGAUAAGGUUGAUGAUACUCAUUCUAACUGGAAACAGGCCGCUGGUGAAAAUAAUACCGGGAAGAAUGAUCCUGCACCAAUGUCACUAGAUUUUUCUAUCUUUGGAUUAAAGCCUCCAAAUAGGCCAACAAUUAACAGUGCCGACAGAUCACAUUUAAAAAGAAAAUUAGAUCUAGAAUUCCAGUAA